AUGGUUGGGAGAGCCAGAGCAGAAGAUGAAACCGGGACGUUAUGGACUGCAGUAGAAGACUUCUGCUCCGUUAUAGGGCGAGAAAGAGAAGAUGAAAAGGGCAAGAGGUGGAAAAGGAUGACUUUGUUUAAUGGCGCUGCAGUACUGAAAAUGAAAUAUUGGGAUAUUAUCAGGGAUGAUUUAUGUCAUUUGGUUUGCAACUUCUUUGAGACUGGUAUUCUUUCUUGUGCUCUAAAUGAGACAUCGGUAUGUCUUGUCCCUAAGGUUUUAAAACUUGAAAGUGCAGACCAAUUUCAGCCAAUAGCAUUAUGUACUAUUGUUUCCAAGGUGAUUACCAAGAUUAUAGCUGGCCGCUUAAAACUGAUUUUAAAUGAUGUGAUUACUCCAUAUCAAUCAGCAUUUAUCCCUAAUUGUUCCAUUUCUGAUAGUGUUUUUAUGGCUUAUGAGUUGUUUCAUUAUAUCAUAAAAAGGAAGAAAAGUUGUUUGAGAUCUGUUUCUCAUCAUAUAUUGAUAAAUGGAGCAUCUAGGGGAUCUUUUUCACCAUCCCGUGGUAUACGGCAAGGUGAUCCUUUAUCUCCUGCAUUAUUUAUUUUAUGUAGUCAUGCUCUCAGUUGUCUUCUGUUGAAGGCUGAAUCUGAAUCUCUCAUUCAUGGUAUCAAAGUGCGGAAUAGGGCUCCUCCAAUUAUUCAUUUAUUAUUUACAGAUGAUAGCCUUAUUUUCUCAGAAGUAAAGGUGGAUGAGAUUUACCAUUUAAAGGAUAUUCUGUCUACAUAUUGCAAGGCUUCAGGUCAAUCUAUUAAUUUAUCAAAGUCUUGUUUGACUUUUACUCCAAACACUCAUCAGAAGUUGAAGAGAUGGUUUUCCCGUAUAAUGAAGAUUCAUUAUGGUUCUGGCCCUAAGAAGUAUUUGGGUUUGCCAACAGACUUUAGUAUCUCCAAGGCUUCUCUUUUCAAGGAUAUUACUUCUAAAAUUGAUGGGAGAAUCCAAGGUUGGAAGUCAAAGCUAUUAUCUCAUGCAGAUUUCCUUAACUCAAAAGCAGGCAAUGAUCCAAGUUGCGGGUGGCGCAGUAUUUUGUUGGGUAAAGAUGUUCUGCUUGAUUGUUUGGGAUGGAGUAUUGGAAGGGGUUUAUCCAUUGAUACUUGGCAUGAUAAAUGGAUUCCAAUAGAUGGUGGAAUGAAGACUGAUUUAUGA